CUACAAACAAUAAGUUCACUGAACAUGUCAAACAGGGGAUAUCAAGGGGGAAGAGAAAGUUGUUUUCACUCUUCGGACUUGGACAUAAAUCGGGAGGAUUACCACCCCUUCUAGCCAUAAAACUAUACAACAGCUUUGUAAUACCUACCAUGUUAUACGGUGAUCAGAUCAUUAAUUACAAUACACAGGAUUUGGAAAUGAUGGAAGUUACCCAACGAGAGAUCGGACGUAGGGUCCAAUUUUUUCCCAGCACCGCUAGCAAUCCAACAUCAAUUAUGCCAGUUGGACUGACAACAAUUAAGUCGAGAAUAGACUACGAUAAGCUGUUAAUGUUCUUUGGGAUUCUAACACUACCAAUGACAAAUAUAUAUAAACAACUUUUAAUGAUGAGACUAACGAGCUUUUUUUUCCAAGGAGACUCCUGGGACUCACC